AUGCUGAGGUUCGUUUGGUUACUCGGAAUAGUCGUUCACACUUUUGCGACGCAAAUGCCGGUGAAUAAUCCCGGUGAAUGGUCAUGGCAAGCCGAUAAUCCCGAGAAUCCGGGCAAAAGUGAGGCACAAGGGAAAAGAGCUACUUUAAACAGCGAUGGAGAUGCAAAUUCGAACAUAGAAAUCGUCAAUCCUCCCAACGAGCAACGAUCCGUAGAAUCGGUGAUCGACGAAAUUCUCGUGUCUAAUCGGCAGGGUCGCAACAUCGAGGGUUUCGAUCAAUUGUACGCAGACCCGGAGGUGAAGAACGCACUUCAAUUGGGAAACGAAACGAUCGCUCGUACGUACAUCAGGGAUAAACUGUGCUCUCUAGGAUUAAUGAACUGCGACAAUAUCGAGGGACGUCGGCCGUACUACUCUCCUCACCGUGGGAUAUAUCCGCAAGAUAUAAUUUACGCUCAACCCGUGACUAUCAAACCUGUCGGCAGACCUCUGCCAGCCAUACCUGUGAAACGACCAUACACGCCUGCCAUAAGACCGCCUGGAUUUAUUUCCUCCGGACCACCACCGCCAGAAGUGAUCUACGGAAUUGGUGGUGCGCCUCAUCCGCCUUCGUUUGUCUCCUCUUCUUAUCCCGCGUUCAAGAAACCUGGUUAUCCCUCAUUCUCGUCGAGACCUGUGUACGAGGCAGGAGUUGCGAACGAAAAUUUCGAAUUCGCGGGCAACGGUCAAUUGAUCGAUAAAAAGCAGAUCGCGUUGAGACCGACGAUCGGCUCGGAAACCGUUCAGCAACAUGUUCAUCAUCAUUAUCAUCACGCGGAUGGUGGCGCAACGAUCGGUGGCGUCCCUUCGUCUCUUAGUUACGGUGCUGGAAAUGUAGGAACGAGUUACGAUAUUCCCAACUCUGGAGUGCUCGGUGCCGGUUUCCAGGACUUGGAUGAUUAUAAAAAGGCGUUCAAAGUAAAAGGGACGACGAGCAACGAUGGUUCUGUGUCGGCGAGCAGUUACGCUGAGAGAUAUCCCGUAUACGAGAAACCGAUGCAAGACUUCGAUUUGCAUGCUAAAGCAGACGGUUACAAAUCUGGCAAAUAUUUUUCACCGGGCAACUACAUUUCUCCCAACAUCGUUCAAUCGUCUUCCAACGAUUACGUUACUUCUGGAUCGACUAGCAGUUAUUAUUAUGGAAACAACGAAGGCUUCGACAAUGAUUUUUAUACGGAGGAUUGCGUGUGUGUACCGUACGGACAAUGCCCAAGGGAACAAGCAGGUCGUAAGGACGAUUUAUUCCUUCCCAUCGAUCCUCGAAAUCUGAACAAGAAUAUCGAAGCCGAAUCUACGGAGGAGACAGCCGCGAUGGUGAUAGAAAAAAAUACGAACGAAACGUUUACCGUCGGGUCGAACGAUUUUCAAACUAUUACACGGAAGGAUGAGCAGCAAACAGAGGAAACGAACAAGGCUCGAAACAAGAGGGAGACGACGACGACGAUUGGUGGCGAAUCGGUAAACAUCGAAGGAAGAAAGAAGUCUAACGGUGAAGGGAGACUCGACGCUAGCGAUCUGGACUCUUCGAAAUUAAACCUCAAGCCGACCUGGGGAAUCAGUUUCGGUCUACCGCAAACCGGUGGCCCGUACCCGAUCAACCCUUACGGUAGCAAUGUCCUGGUAAAUCCAUACAGAGGGUACGGUUCGACCGAUCAAGGCAUAGAUUUAGGCCUGGUCUCCGUGAAUCCUCUGCUUGCAGUACAAUUCACCAAAGACGAAUAUGGCGAAAAAGUGGUAAAACCGUUUGUCAAUUUUCACGUAACGCCUAAUCGGAAUAUCGUGCAGAAACUCGGGCAUCUGCUCUCUCACAAGAAGCAAACGCUGUUCGAAAGUUAUGGACCUUCGUAUGCGCCGCAUUAUUAUCCCCUCAAACCUAUCGAGUUUUACGAGAAACCAUAUUACGUAAACCCACACGAUCCUUUAUUCCAUCGUUAUACGAGUCAUCGUGAGACACUUUAUCCCCAUCGAUAUUCGGAUUACUAUCGAGAUGACGAUGACGAUUACGAUUACAAUUACGAUUACGAGGAUAAUUAUCAUGGUAUCGCGCGUAACAAUUAUAAAAUAUCUAUCGAUCAUGCGAAUGGAUCUACGAUUCCAAAACAAACAACUGGUGGCAAAGUUUUAUUUCCGAAUAGAAGAAAGCGUGACAUACAGUCUGAAGCGAGAAUGGAAACGAAACGUAUAACAAAGAGACAAUACGCAGGCGUUGGAUCAGCUCGAAUUUGUGGUCCAGGUUAUGUUUGCUGUCCGCAAAGGCAACCAUCGAGAAAACCACGACCCGGUCAGUGCGGAAUCAGAUAUACUCAAGGAAUCAAUGGAAGAAUUAAAACUCCUUCUUACGUUGACGGUGAUGCUGAAUUCGGUGAAUAUCCCUGGCAAGUAGCGAUACUGAAAAAGGAUCCAACGGAAAGUGUGUACGUAUGUGGUGGUACUCUGAUUUCUCCUCGAUAUAUCCUCACGGCGGCUCAUUGUGUAAAAACUUAUGCGGCACGAGAUCUUCGCGUUCGACUAGGAGAAUGGGAUGUAAAUCACGAUGUUGAAUUUUAUCCCUAUAUAGAACGCGAUGUAACAAAUGUCCACGUGCAUCCAGAAUUUUAUGCCGGCACUCUUUAUAACGACAUCGCGAUAUUGAAAAUAAAUCAUGAAGUCGAUUUCCAAAAGAAUCCACACAUUAGUCCUGCUUGUUUACCGGACAAACGCGAUGAUUUCAUUAGAAGCAGAUGCUGGACAACUGGUUGGGGUAAAGAUGCAUUCGGAGAUUUUGGAAAGUAUCAAAAUAUUUUAAAAGAGGUUGAUGUCCCUGUGAUAAGCAACCAAGCCUGUGAACAGCAAAUGAGACGAACAAGAUUAGGUCCAGGUUUUAAUUUACAUCCUGGAUUUAUUUGCGCUGGCGGAGAAGAAGGAAAAGAUGCUUGCAAAGGUGAUGGCGGUGGACCAAUGGUUUGCGAACGACAUGGUCGUUGGCAGUUGGCAGGAAUUGUAUCAUGGGGCAUUGGUUGUGGACAACCUGGUGUUCCUGGAGUUUAUGCUCGUGUUUCUUAUUAUCUUGAUUGGAUUCAACAAAUUAUUAAUCGUUAUUGAUUCAUUAUUAAAAAAAUCAUUCGCUACCUCCAAUAUUUGGAUCAUAUAAUUUCAUUCAUUAUUUCGAUUUUAUUUAAACACAUCCACUUUGUUAUGUUUUAAUUGAACUUUUAAUUAUAACUUUAAUACAAUUUCAUCAUAACUUGAAGAUUCAAAUAUUUUUACGAUAAUUAUAAUUUAUAAUAUAAUUAUAAUUUAUAAUGUUAUAAGAAUGUAUGCUAAGAUAUAGCAUACUAAGUAAAUUAAUUAUAAUUAUUAUUUUGUAAACGAUUGAUAAUUAUCGUUUUUUUCGUGAGUAGUGAU